AUGUCGGACCAGUUACUACGCCUUUUAUACGCCCAACAACUCGCACAGCAACAGUCCACAUCGCAAGCCGCCCAACCCCCUCAAAAUGCGAAUCCACUGCAGAAUUUGGCGGCCCUUUUUCAGAACGGGUUAAUGGCUCAGCCAAACAUGCUCCAAGCCUUUAUGCUGGCCCAGCAACAAGCCCAAGCGGCUAAUUUAUUAAGUAUGAUGCAACGGGGCGAUUUGAAUAACGGGUUCCAAAAUCCCUUCGAAAUGCUGAAUCGAUUGCUGGCGCGGAAAUUAGCAAAUGACAGUACUUCAAAUGGUAAUUCUUCCGCCUCCCCAUCUACAAAUGAUACAGAUGGAUCCUCAAACGACUUAGAACCCGGAGAAGUCCCAAAGAAAGCUACGAAAACCCCUCCCAAGCCCAAGUCUAAGCCAGCCCCGAAGCCACCUCCAAACCCCAUGCUCGAUUAUAUUAUCAAGAAUUCUGGGGCUAUCCUCGGGAGUCUUGGCAAGCGGCCAGCCCCUGUCGCCCAAAACGGGGCACCGGAAGUGGAUUGGAGCAAGCUGCUGGGGCUCCAGACCGCACGAACACCUACUCCAAGCAAGAGGAAGGCGAAGAAGCCACAGAAAAUUGUGAUGGAAGAACCGGAAAUGUCGAUGGGACGAUUGACACCUAUUGACGAAGAAACGAAAGCCCGACGUUCUGGCGUUCCUGAUAUUGAAUUACUUAAGAAGACGUUAACUAUAGGAUGGAGACGUCAAACUUUUGUCCGUUCUAUCACAGCUUCCGGAGUACGAGGAGACGUAGUAUACUAUGCCCCCUGCGGCAAGAAAUUUGGAACUUAUGCUGAAGUUGUUCGGCACCUAAAUAGACUGGACAAAGCCCACGGCCUCACUCGAGACCACUUCUCGUUCUCCUGCAAAAUGAUGGUCGGCGAAUUCGUAAUGUUCGAGCUCCAAGAAGACACCGGCGAGAAGAAAAUCAUGAAAAUGACCGCCGAAGAAGUUCAAGAAGAGAUUGCCCGUUUGAACCGGCCAAAACCCCCGAAAAUCAUCCCUGAAAAAAUCCCGAAAAAGCCGAAGAAGAUCAAGGAAGAGGAGAAGGAGGAGGAGUUUGAUCAUGGGGAAGAGUUUGUGGAAGAAGCUAUUAAAGAUUUGGAUGAUGCAAAGGGGAGUCGAAUUCCGGUAGAUGACCUUCAGUUGGAUGAAAUCCGGGCACUUCCCGAUCUCGCACGUGUCGAAGGCCUCGAACUUAAAGGAAAUGGCUUUGCCGACGCAUUAAUGGUGUACGAAUUCCUUCAAAACUUCCGGCAUGUCUUGAAAAUUGAGCCCCAACAAGUGCCCUCUUUGGAUGUACUCACCGCUGGGCUUGCUGGUGAUGAAAAGUACCGUACCACCAUAUUUACGUUAACAAAAACCCUCCUAACCCUGGCUCUCGAAUUCCCAGGAUUCCCAAAACACGACCCGAAUGAGUUACGUAAACAAGCCGGUGAGCUCGAGCUCUCACGCGACAAUUUCUCCGAAAUCAUGCGAAUGUGGCUUCAGACUCGUAAGAAGCAGGGGAUUAAGCUCUCCGAAUACCUAGCUGAUGCUCACUUUGAAUCGAUUUCCGGAGAGAAGAAAGCGGAGAUUUUGGGAUUUAUCUGUAACGAGUUGCUGUUUUGCAGAAAUAUUAUCCGAGAAAUCGAUUCGAAUCUUGAAGAAAUUUCAAAACUCAGGGGUGAGAGGUGGAUGAGAGAAGGAAAGGUCCGAGCCCUUCGAGGAGUUCAAACGAAGAAGGCCAAGAAGAAGGAAAAAGUGAAACAGGAAGGUGAUGUUCCGGAAGGAGAACGACCUGAGAGCCCGAUGAGCGACCACUCCCGCUCCCCAUCCCCGGCCGCUAAAAAGACAUUUACCCCUGGAAUUGGUCAAUGUGAAGUGUUGACUGAAGAGGAACAAAACAAAACCGUAGAAGAGCUUGAGGACCAAAUCGUAGGUCUGAACGCGGAGGCCGAUGAAAUCCGAGGGAAGGUGAACGUGAUUUGCAAUCGCGUCAGGACCUUUCCACUAGGCCAGGAUCGAUUCCACAGAAUCUAUUGGCAACUCCCAACUGUCGAUGGUGUUUUGGUUGAAGGUGUCGAAAGUGCCGCUAAAAAUAAUGCAUCUGUGAAUUUGAAUGAGACGUGUCAAUUUGAUCCGCUUGGGGUUACAGAUCCGGACAGCUUCAUCCAUCCGGAUGUAAUUGCUUGUUUGGAAGAUACUAUCGAUGCGGUGAUUGCCGGAAAACCGGAUAAGAAGAAGCCAAAACGCAGGAGACGCCUUGAAAAUCAUGCAAAGCGAGGCUGGUGGACUGUUGCUGAAAAUCACCUAAAACCGCUUCGUGACUCCCUUCAUGGACGUGGUAUUCGAGAACGAGCUCUACAUCGACUAUUGCUCAGAGACUCAUUCUUGAAGGAGCAACACUGGGCACAUUUGGACUUGACCCCCGUCUCCACCCGAUCCGACUCAAAAGCCCUCAGCGAAGAACAAAUUUUCCGAGCUGAACGCGCUCUCCGCGAGCUCGAAAAUCGCAUCUUCGAUGCUCACCUCCAAACGAAGGGCUGGAAACCGCCUUUUGAACCGUUUGACCAACCGGAUGAGGAAACGAGCCAAUCGAAUUGGGUUGAUGAAGUGCCAGAUGUUGCUCACCUCGAUCCGAUGCCCACCAUGGAGCAGCUCAGAAAACGGCUCCUAGAGGUUGAAGAAAAUACGGAACCCCGGUAUUUGAGGCAGGAUUUUUAUGCUGGUGAGACGAUCUCGAUCAAACGCGUCAUGGGCAAGGACCAAAACAAAAAAGCCAAGAUCGUUGAAGCUGAUCCACAGCUCGACGUUUCUGAUGAGAAUCUUCAAAUUGUGGAGGCUGAGGAAAAAGAGGAAAAGGACGAAGAAAAGGAAGAUAAGGAGGAUGAGCACGAGGACGAUGAGGAGGAAGAGGGGGAGCUGUGCGAGAUUUGGAAGCAAGCCGUUCAAGAGGCUACCACACCGGCGAGUAUCGUCAUUUUGGCACAGGUAUUGGAGCAAAACAUCGCCUGGGAAAGAUCAGUGAUGAAGGCGGCUUGCCAGAUUUGUCAUACCUCCGACCACGAUGACAAGCUUUUGUUGUGCGACCUCUGCGAGCUGGGAUACCAUUUAUAUUGCUUUAAGCCGGCGAUGGACAAGGUGCCGGAAGGGGAGUGGUUCUGCCCAAAAUGCAAGGAAACCGCAUCCCGGAAGCCGACUUGCUUACUCUGCUCUGACCACAAGACCCCGAUCUACAAUUGUCAAAAGUGCCACGCGUUUUUCCACACCGAAUGUGCUGGGGAACCGACGCCAGAAAAUCCGUCGACGUAUAAGUGUGCGGCUUGUGAUGGGCGGAAGAAAUCCGUCCGCAUCCUCGAACGUGAACUUGAACCUCGUGCUCCCUCAGAAACGGGCUCCGAAGAUACCCCCGGCGGUCGAAAACCCCCAAAAAGGAAGCCAGGCUCCGACCUCAUCAUCUUCCCGGCCCCCAUGGUCGCCGAGUUGGCCAAAACUAUGCUGGACGAGCUUGAAGCCCAAGAACAUUCACUUCCGUUUUUGGAGCCAGUUGAUCUGAAGGCAGUUCCGGAUUAUUUGGAUGUCAUUGACCAACCUAUCGAUAUGCUGACAAUGCGGCAAAAGGCUGAUGAUGGAGAAUAUCCUACUGCUGAAGACUUCCAUGCUGAUGUUGAGCUCAUGUUCGCGAAUUGCCGGAAGUUCAACGAGGAUAAAUCGCCGAUCGGGGCUGCUGGGCUUGCGUUGAAUCGGUUUUUCUCGAAGCGGUGGCGUCAGGUCCGCUACAACUUCUGCAAACGCCUGAAACGCCUGAAGCCCUCCUAC